CAUCUCUAUAGUGAACGGACGCGCGCUUUCGCACCACUGCCACUGCCAACGAAUUGCAUUUAUUCCUUUUGUUUCAAAAGAAAUUUUAUUUAGGCCUUAAGUUUUGUGCAAUAUUAAGUUAAUAUUAAGUAAUUUGCUUUUGAAAAAAUAAGGAUCAACGUGUUGCUUUGAAGUUCGCGAUUAACCCAAAAUACCCCCCGUUCCCUCAUCGACAAACAAACGAAACGAAGUCUUAGCGAAGACAAAGAAAACAAAAACAACAAGUGCGACCUCAAUUUGGAAGUGGAAGCAGGAAGCGUGUUGUGACUCAUUCCCAUUGCCAUUGCCACUAUCACUGCCGAAGCGGCGUCCUUCGACGAGCGCACCAUAUAAGCGAUCCCAUGGAUUUGCGAUCUGACACAGAGCAGACCGAGCGAGAGAUUGGCAUGCCGCUCAAGCUUCGAAAUCACAUAUUAGACAACAUGGAUCUACUUGUGAAAAAUACUAACUACAAUCCCCUGGUAGCCGAAUGCGUGCGUCUUGGCCUGUUGUCACCGAUAAUGCGGAAAAGCAUUGAGGACUUAAACGGGGAACGACUUAAUCUUAGUGAAGACGAUGUCCUACUGCAACAGCACAGAAAUCUCUUCGUCAAGAUCACCAAACGAGGACCAACUGCUUACGGUUUACUUUUGCAAGCCCUGCGAUCGCAGGGCUGUAUGCAGGCAGUGCAAAUUUUGGAAAAUACAAAUCAACGUCCAAACGAACAGCCCUUCAUAUCAAUCGCAAGCAUGCAUAACAAUCGCAACUCCACAGAUAUUGUGGACACCACCACAUUGCCAGUGCCCGUUGCAGUCCCACCGAUCGUUGUUGAAGGACCAUGUGUCAGCAAAGAGAAGGUGCAUUACAAUGAUGUCACUGGACCUGUCACACCCUGUGAGGAUCCCGUUGAGGGGCAAACACGUGUGGUACUGAAAUCGGAUAGGAUUCACGAGAAUAGUGCACUUGGUGUCUAUACCAUGCAAUCGAAACAUAAUCGUGGCGUGCUUCUUAUGGUCAACAUAAUUGACUUUCCUGAUACCACGAAGCGACGAAAUGGAGCCGAAAUAGAUAGCGACUCCUUGAAACAUAUAUUUCGAGAAAUGGGCUUUAAAAUAUUUGCGUAUGAAAAUGUGAAUCAGGAUGAGUUUUUCGAUAUGCUACGCAAGGUUACCUCAUCGCCUUAUGUGCGGUCCACCGAAUGCUUUGUCAUGGUGCUGAUGACUCAUGGUGAACGGGUCGGUGAGGUCGACAAAGUGGAGUUUUGCGAUGGCUCUGUGGCCGAUGUUAUUGGAAUUAAGAAUCACUUUCGAGCGGAUUCAAGUCCAUAUCUGGUGCAUAAGCCCAAGGUGCUCAUAUUCCCCUUCUGUCGCGGCCGGAAGUCUGAUCUUGGACAACCCUUACCAAUGAUAGAGACAGAUGGUGUCCAAUAUAGCAAUGUGCCAACUUUAUCGGAUAUGCUGGUAAGCUAUGCCAGCACAGCGGGCAAUCAGUCCCAUCGCGAUCCAGAUAAUGGCAGUUGGUAUAUCCAAAAGUUCUGUGACACAAUGGCCAACCAUGCUCACAACACUCACGUCGAAGAUAUACUCAAGAUAACGCACACAGCUGUGGGCAAUAUGCGGGCACAGGGGGGUUCCUUGCAGACAGGAACCUAUGACAAUAUUGGCUUUAACAAGAAACUGUAUUUCAAUCCAGGAUUCUACCUUGAGCCGAAAGAAUAGCUAGUGCAUAUAAUGAUAGCAUUCCAGACUGAAUAUACAUAUAUAUCUAUAUAUAUAUAUUUUUUUUAUACUCGAUCUUUUUCUACCUACCUGUGUAUUGUUGCAUUUAUGUACUCUAAAUUAUAUUUACAUGUAUACGUCCUUGUGCUAUUGUUCUUCCCAGGUUUUGUCUUAUCAAAAAUCAAAUACUCAUUAUGUAUUAUUUUUCUAUAUCUCAUGGCCCCAAAGUCCUUAAAGUCUUUCACGAAUUAAUUUGUAAAAAUCUUAACAAAUAACUUGGCCAAGUUUUUAAAAAAUAAAACGAAAUCCGCAAU